AAGAAAAAAGAGAAAACAGGCAUGCUUAUGCAGUCCAGCCUUUCAAGUCCCAAAUUUCAAAUUGUUCCCAAUGUUCCUGAGAAAUUGGCAAGUGCUCAAGCACAGGAAAACUGCCUGGUGGAAGAUCAGCAUGGAAGGAGAAGGCUAUGGAAAGUGGACAGGGUCCUCAAGGCCCCCAAGGGCAUACGGAAAAGCCUGCUCAAAGAGAGGCAGAAACAGAAGGUCAGGGAGAACCAGAGCACCCAGCAACUGGCCAAAAACACCGCAGACAGAUGGAGCCUCAGGAGCCCCAGCACAGGGAAGCCAGGGCAGAAUGAGGGGGUGCUGGGACCCAGGAACCCUCUCCAUACAGAACAGAAGGUGCUCGUGUCUUCCACCCUGCAGGAUCCCCUGCUGGGCAGGUCAGCCACCUCUGCCUUGGCCAAAGCCCCACAUGGGGUGAGGAAUGGAGCCAAAGACCUCACCAACUUCAUUUUACUUUUAGAACAUGCUGAGUUAAAAGCAUGAAAGCUAUUAAAUCAAUCUUAGGUUCCAAAAAAGGUCAUGGCUUUCAUAAAACUGCCUCGCUCGAGGCCCACAGAACACUCAAGGCCAACCCCAGGGAGCAGCUCAUGAAGGAAGACCCAUGUGGGAGGCUGAAGAUUGCAGAGGAGCCUCAUCCAUUCCCCCUCUCAAGGGCUCCUCUCGUCCUCUGGAGACCCACGUGUUCAGGAGCAUCCUUUCCCCAAAUUAUAUGAUCCUGCCAAAACCUCUAUAGGAAGUGCUGCUGUAGAAAACCAAACUGCAGAAAACACCUCUGAAAAAAAUGUUUUUACCACAAACUCUCCCGUUUCUGCCAUGGAUUCUGCCCUCACCCUGAUAUCCACUGAUGACCACACCAAUGAGAUGCACUGGGAGUACACCAGCACUGGCACUGAGCCACCCCCUCCAGAAAGCUCUGUCCCCUUGCUGUCGUCCCCCGGAGAUGAGUUCGAAACCCAGCUAAACCAGCAGCUUCACAUCCUCAUUCCCAACAGGGAGGUGAGGAGGCUCAUUUCUUAUGUUAUUCGCACUCUGAAAAUGGACUGCUCUAAGCCCCGCAUGCAGCUGCCCUGUACCAAGCUUAUCUACAGAACAGGCCUCCUGAUGAAGCUGCUCAGUGAGCAGCAGGAAAAGAAGGUGGCCCAGGCCCAGUGGGACAUGGAGCAGUGGAAGAGUGAGACCUACAUCAAGAUCUCAUCUCAGGUCUUGCCUGAGAGCACAGGGGCCUUGAGCAAUCAGAAGGUGCAGGGUGAGCCAAGGGACCACACACAGGAAGUUCCAGGACACGGCUUCAACAACAAGCGCAUCCUGGCAAUAUCCAUGAUGGUGGCCGUGAUGCUUCUGAUCAUCAUCUUCUGUCUCAUCAAGAUUGGCUCCCACAGAACAGCUUUGAGGAAAGAUAAGGAAGUGUCAUCAAGUAGGGUUUUUGGGCAGAGAAGGAAGUACUCAGUGGAAAAGGACAGUCAGGAGGGCUUCUCCUGGUUUUGGCAGCCCCUGUGGCUCAGGGACAUGAGCAGGCCUCUCAGUGUCACCCGGAAGCAAAGUAUGGCACAGAAGCUACACGACAAGGACUCUUCCGACGAGGACAAGAUGGUCACAAACAACAUAGGGGAGGCCAGUGAAGCCCCCUCCGAGGCAGAGGAAUCCACAAAGGCAGCAGAGUGACCUCUUCCCACCUUAGGUGAUUGGGAAGUUUUAUUUUGGCAUUGCUUACAAAAUAAUUACUUUUCUCAAAUUACAAUGUGUAAAAA